GAGUCAUUUCAUCACUAGACUCAUCACUAGACCGUCAAACAUUUUUCAUUUUCUUAUCUUCUCUGGCAAAAUUGUCUCGGUAUAAAUUCCCAAUUGGAGUUUCUUCUUUGCUGAUUGUCAUUUGGAUUACUUACAUACCUAUCUACUCGUACGUAUAUAUAUAUAUAUAUAUAAAUAGAUAUUCAAUUUCUUCUCCUCUAUAUAUAUCUUUCACUCCUUCAUUCCUUCUCUCCUCUCCAAAUAAAAUCGACACACCAACCACGCCCACAUACACACACCCAGCCAUCACUCCAAAAUGCCCAUAACCCUCCACUUCGUCCGCCACGCACAAGGUUUCCACAACCUCUGCACCGCCAACCACACUCUGCCGGACCCUCUCCUCACCGAGCUCGGAAAAACCCAAUGCACAACCCUCUCCCAGAGCUUUCCCUCCCCCCAAAAAAUAACCCACAUUGUCGCCUCCCCCCUCCGCCGCACCCUCUACACCGCGCUCUAUUCCUUCCCCAGCGCCAUCGCCCGCGGAAUCCAAGUCAUCGCGCUCCCCGAAAUCCAAGAAACAUCCACGCUUCCCUGCGAUACGGGAUCUGCGCCCGCGGCGCUCGCGGAGGAGUUCGCCGGGAGUGUCGAUUUGGGAUUGGUGCAUGAGGGAUGGAAUAGCAAGAGUGGGAGGUGGGCGUCUAAUGCGCCGGCGAUUGAGAAGCGCGCGCGAGAAGCUCGCGUUUGGCUGAGGGAUUUGGGGAUGCGGGCUCAGGAGGAGGGGGUAGAAGAUGUGAAUAUUGUGGUUGUGACGCAUGGAGGCUUUUUGCAUUAUUUUACCGAGGACUGGGAAGAUUCCUCCCUCUUCGUCGGAACCGGCUGGACCAAUACCGAAUUCCGCUCGUAUCAAUUCCGGGCCGCUGACUCCAGCGACCCCAAUGCCGCAGUGCAAGAAACGAAAGAAAGUCGAGAAAGAAGAAAGGGAACCGAGAAGCCCCUGACGGAAGAUGAACAGAGGAAUUUGAGAGCGGUAGCGGAGAGUGGAUGGCAGCAAGAUGGAUUUCAACAGAAGGUGAUGAGUGAGGAGGGGAGGGAAGUCGAGGUUGCUGCGUAGGGGAGUGUGGUGAUAUAGAUCCGAUAGAGAGAGUGAGAUAAAGAUAAAAGGUGGAAUUCCAGGAACUAGACUUUUACAUAGGUUGUAGAUUGGACAGAGAUUUUGAAUAGAUUAGAUAGACUUGGGUAGAUAAAGAUGGAUAUUUAGUAGAUAGAUAGGUUCGCAUACUAGAAAGCAAUCAUAGAAUUCA